GUUGAGUGGAUGACACUUUUGGCAAGUGUUCGCCAACUGUAAAACUUUCUUGAAUUCAGCCAUUUGGGGCAAUUUGGCAAUACAAUCAGGUGGGGAUCCUCUCCCCCCGUUGACAGUCAAAAAAAAAAAGAGUGGUUUUUCCACUCCUGCCGGCCCGGGCAGGUAAGCUCUAUACCGUUGAUCCGUUCCAACAUUCGUGCGCUCAGAUCUACCCCCUGAAGAUGGUCCCACCAGCAUGGGGGAGCAGUGCCCCGGAAGCUCUCGCCAGGCAUUUCUGGUGGAGAAUAGCCAGGUGUGGAGCGAGGCAGUUUUGUUUGGGACCCACUCUUCCUCGGAUUCCCCUGCCAAAACCCAGUGCAACCAUUCGACGGUAUAUUCUUCCUCUUCAACCCGAGGUCAUCAAUGGCGUUUCCCUGCUGUUCUUAGAUCCUGUUUUUUUGGAAUCUGGUGAGGAAGACAAAUGGCGCCUGCAGGAGAGGAUCAGAGCAAUGCAGAUGAGCCGGACCAUCACAUUCAAAUGGCCGGUGCAGGAACUAGUAGUGGUUUUGUUUCUGUUGGACAGACUGCCGUUCUUAACUGCUACCCCUUCAUGCUGCAACAUCACGUCAACCAACAGAUGGGGAAUCAAGUUGGGACAGGGAUGACAUUUCAGGAUAUGGUAAUGAGAGUCAGCACUGGAGUGCUGAACUAUGCAGUGGCUGACUUCACUGAAAAAAUUGGGAGUGAGCGUAUAGAUAAAUUUCAGGUUUGCCUCGAGUUCUUGGUCAUAUGGUUCUAGAGAGUUGCCCAGUGGACCAUGCCCUCGACACAUCUGUUGAAGUUGAAUCUCUACCCAUUGGCAUGGGAGAUGAUGGAAGCAACUGCAAAUCAACUCCUACAGGGGAUAGUGCCAGCAACCAGAAUCAAGAAAUGCACUGUUUGUUGGGAAUUGAACAAGAAGGCAAUGUUUCUACUGACAACAGAAUCAUCAGUACAGAAAACAGAGCGCAGCCAUGGCCAAAAGGGUGAUGGCGCUCCCCCGCUCCUCCUCCUCCCCCGCACCCUCCUGCUACCCCCAUGGCGCUCACCGCCGACCCACGCCGGAGACCACCCCGAGCCCGGCGGCCACCCCCGGAACCCCUACCUCCCCGACGUCCUCGACGGCGUGCGCUCCUACGCCGGUGUUCUCCCCCCCUCUGAAGCAGGGGUCGCGCCUCUCUCCGCUCGCGGCCCCGUUCGUGCCGGCGGGCCGCUCCAAAUUCCUCCGCUGGAGGGACGACAGCCCAGCGGUGGAGGAUGGCGAGCCGCCUGCCCCCUUCUACCGGGAUGUCCUUGCGGGCGCUGUGCCUGUGCGGGCUCCCCGCCUCGACGUUCUGCCGGCGCGUGCUCGGGCGGAUGGGCAGCGGCGUCCCCCAUCGCCCGUGCGGCAGAGGUCCUCUGCUCCCUCCCGCCAUCGCCACCCCUCUGCGAGGCCCGCGCCCCCUCGACGGCCUGCUGGUCCCGAUGGGGAUGGAUGGCAGAAGGUCCUGACCCGCAAGGAGAGGAGGAGGAGGUCGUCGUCGGCCACUCGGCGCACCGUCAGCCCCGUCCCCGACGAACUGCGGGAUAAGUGCUUCAACUGCCUGGCUCGGGAUCACCGGCGCGCUCACUGCCGGAGCCCAACCAGGUGCUACCGCUGCCACGAGACGGGCCACAUGACGUACAGUUGCAGCCGGCCACGGCGGUCUCCGGAAGGCGCCGCUCCCGUUGGCCACGAUCAGCCGCCCAUGAAGCGGCCGCGGCUGGCGGGCAGGCCCUCUCCCAACCCAGCGCCCGCGUCCCCCCGCCGUGUGUUGCCUGUGGUUGCUCAUUCGGUGGCGCCUGAGGCCCACGGGGCUGCCGGGAACUCCCGUCGACCUCGGCGCCGCCGCUCGCCUUCGUCCCGCAGCUCGGCUGGCGAGGUCGAGCCAGCUGCUCCCCUUCGGUCGAGCCGGGAUGGUGCACCCCAGGAUACCGGUGCCCCCGUGGUGACUGGAGGGUCGUCCUCGACCGGUCUGGCGUGACGUUCGUCGGAGCGCCCGGCGCGCGAGCUCUGCAUCCUUGAUCGCUCGGACGGCAUCGUUAGAGCGGAGGUCGAGCUCCGCCGUGCGGUCCUCGUCACAGUGGUCGGCACGCGGCCGCAGGUGGCCCCCCUGGAGGCGCUCGAGGCCAUCGCUGCGGCGAACGACCUCGCGCCGGACGCGCUCCGCAUUGCCUCCUCUGCUCCGGAGGAUUUCAUCCUCCUUCUUCCGGAUGAGGAUGCCAUUUCUCGGGUGUUGCGUGGCGGUGGGAGUGUCAGCACGGAGCGGUUCCGGCUCCUGCUCAAGCGCUGGAACAGACAAGCCCAUGCGACGUGCCGGCGGCUUCUCUUCCGGGCGGAUAUCUCCAUGGGAGGAAUCCCGCCCCACGCCUGGGAUCUCUCGACGGCGGAACAGCUCCUGGCCCCCUACUGCUGGGUGGAGAGGCUGCACCCUGCCACAGCGGAGCAGUCCGACAUGCGGCGUUUCAAUCUCACUGCUUGGACAUCGCAGAAGGGCGCCCCCUCGCUCUGAGGUCCUCUGCCCCAGCGGCUGUGGCAUCUGCGGAGCAGAGUCCCCUCCUCGCCGCGGUGUCCGGAUGCCCAUCUGCUUCGGACGCUGCACCACCCUCACCUCCGACGACUAAGGGGGUCUCAGCGACUUCUUCUCCGUGCUUGGCCGCUCGAGCCCCGGACGCAUCACCUAUGCGCUCGGCUUCGGCUGGGGAUUCGAUCUAUGGUCCCCGUGUCUACCCAAUCAAGGUAUGCACGGUGGUCUACCAAAGGAAGCGCCUCAAGAAUAGGGCACCGCCGACCCGUCCUGCGCUCAGGGGUUUCCUAGCUCGGGUAUCCAGACCGACGGUCUCUCUGCUGCGGGAGCCCGCUCCGCGUGUCCAGAGGCGCCGGACCAUGACCCCAGUCAAGGUGCCACGUCGCAGCAGACGACUCGCCAUUGCUGCUCGCAGGUCUGAGGCUGAUGCUACUCGCAGGGCGCAGGCCGUCCUUAUGCGGAAGCUGGGCAUCAUCGGGGAGUCGGAGCACAUCAGCAUCGACGCGCAGGAUGACUACGCGUGCUUGUUCAUGCAGGAACUCUCGCAGACUCACAUUGCAGCGUUGGCGGCCCUCUUUGGCUGGUCUGUGCCCGACGACGCUGAGGUCCGAGGGGUGGACUUGUGUGUGUGGGUGUGACUCGCCGGUGUUGGCGAUUGUAGCUGGAGCUCCCAACUGUUUUCCCAAUGAAUAUAUCUAAUAUUCUGUA